AUGAGGGCUGCAAUGAGGGCAACUAACACAACACCGGACGACGGCAGCAGAACUAUCGUUUCGGAUAAAGUAACACGAGUCGGAGCCUUGGCUGUAGAACACGCCCUGGCAGGAGCAGUCGGCCGAACAGAGACUCUGACAUGCCGAAAGAUUCGUGUUGUGCGUGACGAAAUUCAUGAAAUAAUUGGCGAAAUAAUCCAAAUCACUCCCGCACCACUGGACGAUGGUGAGAAUGAGGCGUUGCACGAAACUGAUGGCAAAAGGGCGAGAGAAGGAUCUGACGGCACACAAUCUCCCCCUCACGAUCUGAAAAUCCGAAGAAUUUCCGGAUGUCGAGCUAUCAAAAUCAAAGAUCACUUUGAUAACGAUCUCUUCCCGAUUUGCCCCCAUCAAGAACAGCCCGGUAGAGUUCAUCACCAAUUGCCCGGCAGGGAGAUCCGUGUCCCGGAAAGCGCUCCCAUCCAUCGACAGUUCCCAGUACCACAUCUCGUUCCACGUCAGCACGGCGUCGUUCCUCCCUCUGAUAGGUCCCCAUCCCCUGCGGAGGACGUCAGAUUUUUUCCGACGGGCAGUUUCUGGCCGGGCACGAGCACGUCGGCCGGGAAAUCGAAACUCUGCCAGACGGUAUUGUUGGCGUGGUCAAGCAAGACUAAGUUACCCGAUUCCAGAAGCCGCAUCGAUGAAAUAGAUGAAGAGAGAUUAAGAGAUGCCGACCAAACGGGACGGCCGGCAUCGUCGAACAGAUCGAGGCCGUUUGAUGUGAGACGGAGCUCGGAGGAGCUGGAAACGGGGUUGUUGCGGUUUGCGGACCAGACGAUGGUGUUGGAGGGAACGUGGGAGACGAGGAGGUGGAAGGAUUUGGAUUCGGGCUUGGGGGUGGCUAUUCGGGCCUGGAAGGUGCUGUUUGGUGAGGCCAGGAAAGCGCCAGAGGUGUCGACGAAGCGGAGGUAG